AUGAAGGCGGUGCUCUCAGGAAGAAGCCCCCAACGAGCAACAGACAACGACUCACGAGACACCAUGGCAAGCCCUGCACACCACACUGUGCUUGUUAAAUGGUACAACGUGAAGGCAGGUUACGGGUUUAUCGAAGACCUCCGUACAGGGAAGGACAUCUUCUGCCAUGCCUCAGGCCUCACCCGGGCUCUUAAGGAUCGGCCGCCCAGGGAAGGAGACGAAGUCCUUCUCGCCAUCCACGAAGGAUCAAAGGGACCGGAGGCAAGGGAUGUGACACCUGUCGGACCAUCCUCUGCCCCAACUACGACCAGCCGGCACACACCACGGAGGAAACGCACAGAGGAGAAGAUACAAGAAAAAGUAAUGGCCUGUAUAUUUACGGCCAAGGCAUUGGCAGGAAGGAACCAUCGUCGCCUGCAAGAGCUUAUACCUGCCAUCCUGCAGCACAACGGCCUGCCAGCCAUCCAAAUUCCUCUGUGUGCCCUUACCAAGGCCAACCCCACCCGCACCUUCAGGAGCCGUUCCCGUCGAGGCAAGACAGGAGAUGCUACAGUUGAUGCCAUGGCUGCUCCUAACCACCACCACCAACAAGAAGCAGCGCCAGCGGGAGACGAACCCAAGAUCCGGGAGAAGACGGAGUCGGAGACGCAGGACGACGUGGAAAUCAAACCCACCUUCACCUCACCCACCCAACCCACCGCAGCCCACCCCACUGACACGGCAGACCAGAGCAUCGACAGCCGCAGCAAAAAGAACAGCCCAGCCAAUCACUGCAGACCGGGAGAAAGCCGCAAGUGA